AGAGGUUUUCCACGCCAAGCGAAGGUCAAGUCUCGGAUACAGUGUGCGAUUGUAUCGUGACUAUUCAUCGUCGUCGUCGUUGUCGUCAUUGUCGUCGUAGCGUGUCCUUUGCCGGUGAACCGUUAACGGAACCGAUUACAAUAUUAUCUAUCCUGAUCCAGGCGCGCGAUUCGCAUGCAAACGCUUAUCAACCUGAUUAACGAUUGAUUAACGUUCAACUUGAUAACGGACAACGUAAUUCACGUGCGAUGAGCGAUUAUGUGGCAGCUUGACAAACGACAUUGUUGACUGGCAAUUCAUUACCGGUUGAACUCACCAGCGAGUGGCAAGAUCGGUCAUCGAGGUUCCCCGGUCAUCUCGGAAGGUCAUCGUAAUUACGUUUCCUAUAGUUCGGCUUUAUUGGUCAAGCAAUGUCAAACGAUAUUAAUUCAGAGCGGUGUGCUUCCUAGAGAAAACAGUGUCAGGGUUGUCCAAAGACCUUCUCUGCAUCGCGCAUAACAAUAUUUCGUACAUUUCACGCUUCCUUGGUACUUCCCUUCGUUGGCUACCGAACGAAUCAGAAACCGCGACUCGCUCAUCUGUUGGCGGAACGCGUGCGCGCGACAGAGACAUCAGCUCGUUCCUGUUCGUUUUUGUGAAAGAAUGACACGAGCCACGAUCCUGUCUUUCGAACGAGGAUCGAUAAACUCUAACGCGGGCGGAAUGAAUUUUCUAUGACGCCAUUGUAUAUUUAGACGUAGGACGAGGCCGCACGAAGUUACAAGCAAAUUGCAUCGCUCGCGAUGCUGGAAUGAAUUCUUUCAGCGUUGGUUCGGUGCCACGCGAACUGUCCCAACACGGGAAGGCGCUCGUUGCAAAGCCGCUCGAUUAAGGUCACGCUUGAUGAAAUGUAUUAAGCCAAUAUCUUUUAAAGAAACCAACGACAGCACGAGAACGGGUAUUAUCAGAAGAUGGGAGGGCAAGCGCGCCGCAGAAUCUCGCACGCCAAAAAUAACAACUGGGUCAUUUUAGAAUUUCAAUUAGAAGCGCGAAACGAUCGUAAUCGAUUCGGCAAACAUUGUUCGAACGAAGGUUCGCGACGAAACAGUCUCCAUCGUAACAACGAGACGAGUGUAUUUGAUUCGAGGGCCCGAAACGCCGCGUCGACCAGAACGCACGUGCUUGUAUGAUAUUUGCCCUCCGCCAAGCGUUAUGCAACUCCCGCGAACAACAAACUCUCCGACUAAACGAGGAACGACGAACGCUCGUUGAUGCGAUUCGAGGGACAUACGAACGCGUAAGACGUAUCUGUCCCACGAGAGAGACGAAUAUUGUUUGUACGAAGAAGCAACUAUCUUUGGCAUGGCGCCUCAAUAACCCUUCGAACGUUAUCAGGCCAGCUAUAACGUGCUGUAGUUCGAUCCGUGAGCGUAACACGUAGCGUGUAUUUUAAAGAAUCGAUUGAUACGUUCGUUGUUGAAUAAAUCGAUAAAUCUUGCUACCCGGUUCGUUCUCUUUUUGUCUUUCUUUUAUUUGAAUCGAGAACGCAGACAAAUUUCACGCGUUCUUAGGAUAAUCCCUACUCCGUGGCUGUCUAAGUAUCGCUGUUCCGUAAUAAUUAAAUAACUUUGGCGUUGGUUCACUAACGGCGACAAAGAUUGUGAACGUGAUAACGGAGAUUGAUAAAAAUAAUCCGAUUGUACGAUUACAUUUAUUUACAUUUCUGUCGCCAAGUAGUUGUCAAGUUAUCGGGUGCGCUAAAUACCAAACGUAUUCGAAACCCGAUAAUAAAGAGGUUCGCUGGAAAACACGCAUCCACGUGAUUAGAUAUAUUUUGUUAUUAAAUAUACACAUUAUAUUGAUGUUACGUCACGAUUGCAUCGGUUGGACGAUAUAUGAGAAGCAGCUAACGAAACAGAAACACCACACCUCGUUUGAAAUUCAUAGACCGUAGUCUGGUUAGAAACCGCGUUUCCUCUAUUGCAAGGAUGCUCGUGCAUUAUACAGAAAGCCCUGACUGCACGCUACCGUCACAAUCUUAUCUGCCACGUAUCGACAUCUUAUCGGGCCAAAAAACGUUUAUUUAGACGAUCGUGCAUGGUAACGAUUCACGAUUGACUCGAUCACUCUUGCGCGAUUGUUUUUCUUCAUCGUGUGCAUAUAUUUUUCACUUACUGAGGAGAUUUUUCGCUUACGCGAUAGAAAUACCAGUAAUGAAAAACAAACAAUCGGUUCAGCGGUUGACGUAUAGAAACAUGUAAUCGCGAUUGCGUCGGCAACGAGAGUUCGAAAAGGCCAUCUGCGGAAAAUAGUCUUCGCAACAUAAAUCAACAAAAACAAAUUUCAUAGAUCUAUACAUAUCCAACGCAAGGAAUUGAAACAGGAUCGUUUACGUUCCAUAGGAAGCAUGCAAACAUAAUGAAAUUAUGUAAGGACGAUUUUGCUCAAACUCGUGUUUCAGACAAACACGAAACUCUGGUCCGUUUCACAGGAGAAUAGAAUAAACGUCGUUAAUCUUUCGAUGCGAUCAUAAUGCGUGAUUGUGCAAUAGUAGAGAACAAAGGGGAUGAAUCUUUUCGCGGUUACUGUUUAAAUGAAACUUUGGAUAAAUAUGAAACCGUUGUUGAUGCUCGUGAAAGAUGAACUAAGUGUCGCUGUUAAUAAUUUGCGGUAAUAUUGACUCAUAAAUAAAAGAUAAAAGAUACGAUUAUAGAAGACGAUUAUUUCUAUCGUUUUUAUUAUCGAAACGGGAAUUCCUGAGCUAGAAAAUUAAUGAAAUAAUCGUCGGGAAGGUAUACAAUGUUUAUAUAAAACGUCCAGGAAGACAUAACAAACGUGCAAUUUUCGAAUAUUCUUUACAAUGCAUCAUCGUUGCAUCUGGAAAUUACGAUGAUUUACUUCACCGUGGGUAUUUUUUGUAUUUUAAUUGGAAAACGCGUAUCCGCAUUUGGUCCCGAUAAACUGACAGAUAAAAAAGAUAUUCUACAAAAGAUCUAUUGGCCUUCGAUGCGAAAAUAUAUUGUUCCGUUUUAAUUACUUCAUCUAUCAGUGUUACGCUUGAUGAAAACUCCUCGAUAAUAUUUGUGCAAAUAUUUUUCUUGAAUGACAUAUUUAAUGAUAUAAAAACAAGAAUGUUUAAACAACAAACGCAAAGUAGUUGCUUUUAUUUUGAAAUUUAUCUCUUGGUCGUAGUUCGAUACGUAAGCAUCGUCCUCUAUAAUUUAAGAAUUAUAAAAUAUUAAUCGUAAUUGUACAGUACUGAACGCUGACUGAACAAAUAUUGAACUUGGCGGUUAUUUUCGUAGUGUUACCAACAGAUUAAUGCUAGAACUCAGAAAUACAGUUUCUGUAAGAAUCCUUAUGUUUGUCAACUUGAAGAACCAAAAGUUUGAAGGUAACCAAAACGUGAAACGACAGCGAACAAUAAACAUUGUAUUCCACAUUGUUUAACUAUGGGAAAAACAUCGAAAGAUAAACGAGAUAUUUAUUAUCGACGAGCGAAAGAAGAAGGAUGGAGAGCAAGGAGCGCUUUCAAAUUGCUUCAAAUAGAUAACGAGUGUCAUAUUUUAGAUGGAGUUAACAAAGCUGUGGAUCUGUGUGCUGCACCUGGUAGCUGGAGUCAGGUUUUAUCGCGAAGAUUAAACGAGAAUUACAAAAAGGCUUUGGAAACAGGAAAUGCAACGCCUCCAAAAAUCGUUGCGGUUGAUUUACAAGCGAUGGCACCAAUGGAAGGGGUGAUUCAAAUUCAAGGAGACAUUACCAACAUUAACACUGCAAAGCAAAUUAUUUCCCAUUUUGAUAAUGAACAGGCUGAUUUGGUAGUUUGCGAUGGAGCACCAGAUGGUUUGCACGAUAUGGACAUUUAUAUCCAGUCACAAUUAUUACUAGCAGCUCUAAACAUUACUACUCAUAUACUAAGGCAAGGAGGCACGUUUGUAGCAAAAAUAUUUAGAGCUAAGGAUGUGACGUUACUAUAUGCUCAGUUAAAGAUAUUUUUCCCCUAUGUUUAUUGCACAAAGCCUAGCAGUUCUCGCAAUUCUAGCAUUGAAGCAUUUGUAGUCUGUAAAGAUUAUUCACCACCUGAGGGUUACGAACCUCAUAUGCUGAAUCCUCUCUUAACGCAUGAGCCGUGUGAUUUUAGUGAGCUUACAGGAGUUAACAGAGUCAUUGUUCCAUUCGUUGUUUGUGGUGAUCUUAGCCAACCCGAUUCUGAUACGUGUUAUCCACUGGAUUUUGAGGGGAAAGAAUACACAUAUCAUGAGCCAGUACAGACACCGAUUGCACCACCAUACCAAGAAGCAUUGACUCUAUUGGAGAACAGAGAUACCGAUUUUAGAAGAUUCGAUGUUAAUGUAGUAGUAGAUAAUCUAAAUUCCAUGACCAUUGCAGACUUUAAAAAGCAAGCAAAGCAGAAACAUAAGGAGACAAAUGAAAAUAAGGUGACCAAGCUGCAAGACAGCAAGAACGAUGAUAACAAUGAAGAUAUAUUGGGUCUUGACCAAUUAAUGUCUGCCCAAUUAUCUGAUGAAUCUGAUAAUAAAGAUAAUACGACGUAAAAA